AUGGAAGCGAUUGAAGACGCGAUGCCUCGACUCGCGGCCAAAGCUCGAGCCCGCGCAGGUGGCGGUGGUGGUGGGGCUGCGGCAGAAAACGGGCACGCCGCCGCGAAAGAAAAGAUCGAGAGUUUCUUCGACAGCAUGAAGGCGAAGCGAGAGCUCGACGCCUCGGAGGGGAAGGUGCUGUGGAGGGGUCGAAGGACGGGCUUGUUGAUCGACGGCACGCAGGUCGCCAAAGAUGCCGAUGGGUUCGACAACAUCGCCUCCUUCUUCGACAGCGCCCGCAUCGGCGACGCCUCGGCCGGGGCGUCCACAACCCCCAGCUCCGUGGGGUUCUCGACGGUGUCGCCCGGCAGCGCCGCAAGCUCGGCUUGGACCGCCGGCCGUCCUCCCUCUCCGCUCGGCGCCGACGACGAAAGCCACGACGAGGGCAACGACAUGAGCAAUAACAACGGCGGCGGCGCCGCCGCCGCCGCCGGUGGUGGCAUUGACGACGGGGAUGAUACGGAGACGGAAGACGAUGGAAUGGGUUUCGGCGACGGUGACGGGGGCAGCGGCGGCGAGGAGGAAGACUUCGGGGAGGAGGCGUUGAGGGGGAGGCAGCUGGACUACCCUCCCGCCAAGACGCCGAAAAAAGGAGCGGCGGCGGCGGCGGCAGUGGCGCGUUCCGAGGUCUCUACCGAUGAAGAGCUGGCGGCGGUGCCGGCAGGAAGGAGGGGCAGGGGCAGAGGGCGAGUCGACGAGGACGGCGACACUGAACCAGACGGACCGCUGCCGGAGAAGCAGCCGCAGCAAAAGGAGAACGGCGCGGGCCCGCCGAGGAAAGGAGCAAACAAAAACGGCACCAAGGCGCCCUCGCCGCCAUCCCGGACGAAGGGGGCUGCCCCUGGCGGGUCCGGCGCACCGACACCAGCGAGGGCUUCGAGCAGGAGAGGGCGAGGGAAAGGCGGUGCUUCUCCGGCGGCGGCCGUGACGAGGGCAGGAAGGAAAGCACGGAGCAAGCCUCAGGAGGGGAUGGAGUCGUCCUCGGACGACAACGCGGGCGGCGGAGACGACUGGGACCCCACCGACUUCGGGGAAGGGGGUGAUGCCGAUGGGGACAACGGGGCGCUUACCGCAACCGGUCUGGUGAAGGGGAAGGGGCAAGAGGAAAAGCCGGCCGGCUCCGGCAAAGAGGCUGAGGGAGAGCAGGGGGGUGACAGCGGCGGCGUUGACGACGACCAGGAGAUGGCAGACUUUGGCGGGGGGGGCGACGCCUACGACAACGGGGACGAAGGCAUGGCGCCGUUCUCUCCCGACGACGACGAGGACGGGGGGGGCGACGGCGGGGACGGCGAGGAGAAGGCGAGGCCCUCCCCCGCCACGAGGGCGGCGGCGGGAAAGUCGAAGAAAGGCGGCGUCGGCAACGGUGACAACAGCAACGACAGCCAGAGCGCCAAGGGAACCAAGAAGGCCAACGACAAGGCGCCGGCGGCGGCCGCGACCGCGGCGAAGAAGAAGAUGAAGAAGGCGGCGGCAGGGGGGGAUCACCACCAUCAUCGAAAGAGCGUCGUGGCCCGGCUAUCGGUGGGGAGAGGGAAGAGGAGCGCGGCGGCGGCGGCGGCGGCGGCGGCGACACCGGGGCCGCCGCGGCGAGAGGGGGGGUCGCGCUUCGUCGACAUUUCCGAAGUUGCCGAGGUGAGCCACACCCCGGGCGUGAGGCGGUCAGGCAGGCAACGCGUGGCCCCCCUCAAGUUCUGGCGCGGGGACAACAUCCAGUACGGGGUGGACGAGAAGGGCCUGCAGGUAGCGGAGGGUAUCGUCAAGGGGCCGGCCCUGCCCGAGCCCUCGUCGCCAUCGAGGAAGCGAGGGAGUGAGGGAAAGAAGCGAAGACGACCGCCCGCGGUGAAGGACGAGCACAUGAGCCCCUUGAGCCCCUCCAAGGUGUCGGAGAUGCGGAAGAGCAAGAAGUUCAAGCUGAUGGAGAAGGACCAGAAGUGCCUCGUGUGGGACGAGGAGACAGCCGCCUUCAAGACCAGACAGGUGGUGAUGAGCAGCUCAAACCUUGUCUCCCACGACGUGACCGCGACGCACCAGAGGGCACCGGGCAAGGAAAAGAUCGGACAGGCGGCUCAGGCGUUUCUCGUGGGCCCCGAGGUGGGCAUAUCGGAGUGGCUGACGGGGCGGCUGGAGCUGCCUCCGGGGGCUAUCAAGGACUCGGAGCACGUGGCGCUCAGCACGCAGAUCUACGUGGUGGCGGAGGGGCAGCCGGACGCGCUCGAGAUCGCCAUCGCUAUGCCCAGCAAGAAGACGAAGAGAACCACCUUCGACGCGAAGACGGCCCAGAGGUUCCUGCUCUCUCCGGGGGAUCACUUCUACGUCCCCGUCAACAACGUCUACCGCCUCGAGAACCACUCGGACCGGGCCAAGGCCGUCAUCUACUGGACCAUCAUCAAGAUCUGUGGGUUGCGCAGCAGAUGGUUGCCUCGAUUGUGCAACACGAACGGGUUCGGUAUCACACCGAGGCUUGCCCUCACCAAGCCGGAGGCGAAGGGCUAUCGGACAACGAGGUGGAGGCUUGACGUUGAAGAAACCAUCCCGCAAGAACCUCGAGUGCGAUGA